UCAGUCGACAUGCCGCGUAUCAAGCAAGCGCCGACAAAGAGACACUCGUUUAAGCGAAUGGAAUCGAGAGAAGCCGACGAGAGUUUUCUCGACGAGGAAGAAAUCGAACGAAUAAAGGAGGAACUUCAACGAGUGCAAAACGAGAAAAAGAAGCACAUUCAGAGAAUGCAAGCUCGACUCGAACAAAGUGAAGCUCUAACUUCCGACACUGAAAGCAAUGAAGCGGCGAGAAGAUCACGUGAACCGGCACGAAAUCUCGUAGAAGGAUUCCAGAAAGUUAAGGAAAGAUAUCGAUUCAAUAUUGAACAUAUCGAGGAAAAAUAUAAAGCACGAGAAGAAAGUGGAUGCCCAGAGUCUCGUGUUGAAAUGGAUAUUCAUGGAAAUGUUUAUUUUCCGGAAACAAUGAGCGCGGCUCGUCAGCAGACUUUUGUCAAUCGAAUGUUUCAGAAUUGGAUGACUUUAGGAAAGGGAAGUGUUUCGGCACCGAGAAAUUCGAUUAGCUCAUUUGAUGGAGAUAAUCGAGCGUUGAAGAAGUCAAAGCAGCUUGAUGAUCAGUUUCGAAGGAAACUCAGAAAUUCUUACGAUAAUGUUUUUGAGGAUGACUACUAUGGGAAUGGAAGACGUGGAACAAUUAUAAGCUCCUCACAUGUGUCAGGAAUUCCAUUGAGAAGACGAUCACCAUUCUCGUCGUCCAAAUCCACCGCCCCCAUCAAAAGUCGUCAUUAUCGUUCCAGAUUCUCCGAAAGUCUCGAGGAUAAUGUUUUCCGAUCCCCCGAAAGACAUUCGCGAUACGAGGAUCGUCCAACCACAUCCAAUGCCGCGAAAUUUGAAUUUUCGGACGACGAGGAGAGUGAGGAAGAGGCGACAGACGACGAGAGCAGUGGAAGUGAUGAGGAUGAAGUUCUGACAGAUGAAGAAGAUGAGGAGGUUGAAAAUUCAUCAAAUUUGAUCAGAAAACCGUUGAAAAUGGAGAUUCCUUCACCGAAAAUUCAAAAAAUCUCCCUCUUCACCUUAUCCUACACUCCGGGUCUUCCUAGAAAUGGAAUCAAGCUUGAAUUCCCUCAAAUUCCCGCCAAACUGGAGAUCAGCACACCGAAACCUUUGAUUUCGUCAUCUUUAGCGGAACCUGAGAAUAAGGAAAAUACCAAGCCCAAUUCUCCAUACAGCCUAAGAAAACGGGCUGUCGAUAGCUCGAAAAAGCCUGGAAAAAGUGAUUCUCCAGCAGUUUCUAGUCCAUCCAUCACAACUCCAGUUCCUACAAGACCGACUAGACUGAGAAAGUCUGCCGGAAAGCCUGAAGAUAAUGGAACAGAAAAGUGCCAGAAUAAGGCUCCUUAUUGUAAGCACUGUGAGCUGCUCAAGGAGGAAAAGAAGAAAGCAAAAUUGGAAGCGAAGAAUAUUCCAAGUACGUCUGGAACACCAGUUGUUGCUCAAACCGUCGUGCAGAAACCAGCGAAAAAAUCGGAGAAAGUUACACCAAAAUGCCAAAGUAAACGACGAUCGGAAACUGUGGCAGCAACGGAGCCAGUGACGAAGAAACAGAAAUUGAGCGAUUCGGAUAUAAUUUCAAUUCCUUCCUCGAUGGCGGUAGCAGUGGAUACCGAACUAAUCGCUGCGGAAAACUCGACUCUCACCGCCAAAAAUCUCCCGAAAUUCGCAGAAAACUCGCCUGAAGCGUCUGUAUGGAGCUCGAGCAUCGAUCAGACGUGGAUUCAAGAAGUGAAAAAUGCUCGCGGAGCAAGAAAGGAUCCACGAUUUUUUGGAGUUCCAGCGAAAGAAUAUCCCAAAGACACUCCGAUGAUCAAUUUUUGGGUGGAUAAUCUUCGUUGGAACAAAAACGAAAAAGACCCAUUCGACACGGAUUUCCGCAGAAGUCUCGCACAGGACAAAAAAGCUCGUCACGAUGUGAAAGCGGGCUAUGGUGUUCGACGUUAGGGAAUUUUUUUUUUGCAGAAAUUCCAAUUUUCUACUUUGUUAAAGUUCUAUUUUAUUUUUAUAUCAUUACCGGUAUUUUCAGCCGUUCUACUAAUUCCCCAAUUCCUUUAAAAAAUGUUCCUUUUGUUGUAAAAUAAGAAAUCCCAUUAUUUUUGCAAUUAUUUCCGGUUUGUCAAAUGAAUUAUAGCUUAG